AUGGCGGCCCCCAUUCCCAAAGAUGGUAAGCAGUCUGAUCCACGGUAUCAACUAUUCACUACAGUGUAUACAACAUGCUUUUCUCCAUGUGGACGUUAUCUGGUAGCGGGUAACAACUUUGGAAAAAUAGCUGUCUACAGCUUGUCUUCUGCACUAAGCCCUGAUGCUACAGAAGAAAACAAGGCACCGCUAUAUAUCUACAGAGCUCAUGACGGACCAAUAUACAGUUUCUCAUCUACAGACACAUUCCUGAUAAGUGCUGGCACACGGGAUGUCCUUGGCUGGAAGUGGAAGGACUUAAUAGCUCGGGAGCCUAAAGUUGCGUGGGUGCUGGCAAUACCACGGGGGGAUGGAUUUGAAAGCCCAGAGACGAACGCUCUUGCAUUGUCUAACACGAGCAAUGGAACACAAACUUUGUAUGCAGGCUGUGGCGAUAACAACAUAUACGGCUGGGAGCUUGACACAGGCACUUGUGUGAUGACAAUGAAAGGGCACUCGGACUUUGUCCAUUGCCUUGCAACAAAGAACUCAGGAAACGAGCUGGUUUCCGGUAGUGAGGAUGGCUCUGUGCGCAUAUGGGAUCCUCGAUGCCCAGAAGAACACGUGCAGAUGUUUGAGCCGAGCAAACAUGAUGUGUGUUCGCGACCGAAACUCGGACCGUGGAUCUCAUGCGUGGCGGCGGACCCGAGUGAUGACUGGAUCGUCUGCGGUGGCGGCCCCGCGCUGUCGCUGUGGCACACACGUUCGUUGUCGACGGUCGCCGCCACGUUCCCGACACCCGACGCCUGCCAGUUCCGCGCGCUCUUCAACGAAGAUGUGCUGUUGUCAGGUGGUAGCCAGCCUUCUGUGAUGCACUGGGACCUCAAUGGCGCUCAGACAGCAAAGGUUCCAGUGUCGCCUCCCUGCGUGUACGACAUACAGAUCAAUGCUGCGUCGGACCAGAACCAGGUGAUGGUCGUAGCAGGCAGCAGCUACAAGAUUGACGUCUGCACCAACUACCACUACAAGGCAUUCUCUCUCACGUUCUGAGCUCAGCUCGUCGAUGUAACGAUCACAGCACUUGCCGUGCGGUGAAUUGCUCCAAGUUUUCUCAUCGCCAUCGUGUAGCAAUUACAUUUGUAGACUAUACUUCAGAUUCGUUUGAUUCCCCACUAGAGGGCAUGAAAUGUUAUCGUUACCGGAGCGCACUUACUGUAUAAAAUUGCCAGACUGCUGUUGGGUCGUGGCACAUUAAAUUUGUCCCGAUGCACAUUAAGCUGUGUGGUCAUAAUUUUCUACGUAUAAUAAGUUUUGUAGUGAUAAAUUGUCUACAAUGUCUGUAUUGUAAAGAUCAGUAUAUAAACUAGGUCAACCUUUCUUGUAUACAACAUUAA